AUGGAAACAUCCUUGUUCUAUGGUAUCCCUCUGAAGGAUCUGAAUCCCAUCAAUGUGGAAAUUGAUGACAUAGGCGUAUAUAGCCGUCGAAGUAUGUACAAAAUUCGAGACACUUAUCCUGUGUCGAUCAGAAGACAGUUGUUUGCCAUCCUUGAGCGCCUUCAGCUGAAUUCGCGUGAAUUCAAUGAACGCGAUAAAGAAUGUGAAGCUAUGAAAGAACGACGUCGAAAUGAGAUUCGUAAUGCACGAAUGCGCAAGAAGUUGAGGAAGUACAUAGGGACAGAAGUCAAGAUAAAGAAGGUAGAGAUUCAAGGUCCAAAUCCAUUUGACACACAAGGUGGAAUAACCGAAAAAGACUGGUUGCCAGUGGUCAGAGCUCAAGUAGAUGACGAUGAUGACGACGAUGAGCUUGGUUUACCUUAUAGGGGUAUGACCAGUUUCAGAAAUAGAAAAUAUGCACAUUCCAGAUCCAGAUAUUACCCCAGAUAUUAGGU